AUGGCCCGAUCAAGCCUGGCCUUGCUAUGCGCAGCCCUCCUGGGCAAGGUUGCAGACGCUGCGGCGUCGCAGGCCUACACGUGGAAGAACGUCGUCACGGGUGGCGGAGGAGGUUUCACUCCCGGUAUCGUCUUCAAUCCCUCCGCCAAAGGAGUGGCGUACGCGCGCACGGAUAUCGGAGGCGCGUACCGUCUGAACUCGGACGACACGUGGACCCCGUUGAUGGAUUGGGUGGGAAAUGAUACCUGGCAUGACUGGGGCAUCGAUGCCCUUGCCACAGAUCCCGUUGACACUGACCGUCUGUACGUGGCGGUGGGCAUGUAUACCAACGAAUGGGACCCCAAUGUGGGAUCGAUCCUGCGCUCGACGGACCAGGGUGAUACCUGGACUGAGACGAAGCUGCCAUUCAAGGUUGGCGGGAAUAUGCCUGGUCGCGGCAUGGGUGAGAGAUUGGCGGUCGACCCGAACAAGAAUAGCAUUCUCUACUUUGGAGCGCGGAGUGGGCACGGCUUGUGGAAGAGUACGGACUAUGGAGCGACCUGGUCAAAUGUCACUUCCUUCACCUGGACUGGAACGUAUUUCCAGGAUUCGAGCUCGACCUAUACCUCGGACCCCGUGGGUAUUGCUUGGGUGACUUUUGAUUCGACCUCUGGUAGCUCGGGGUCUGCGACACCGAGGAUUUUCGUCGGCGUUGCGGAUGCUGGCAAGUCGGUUUUCAAGUCGGAGGAUGCGGGUGCUACUUGGGCUUGGGUGUCCGGAGAGCCUCAGUACGGCUUCCUCCCGCACAAGGGGGUCUUGUCCCCUGCGGAGAAGACGCUGUACAUCUCCUACGCCAAUGGCGCUGGUCCUUACGAUGGCACAAACGGCACGGUCCACAAGUACAACAUCACCAGCGGAGUGUGGACGGAUAUUAGUCCCACCUCCCUUGCGAGUACCUACUACGGUUACGGUGGGCUGUCAGUUGACCUCCAAGUUCCUGGCACCUUGAUGGUGGCGGCACUCAACUGCUGGUGGCCGGAUGAGCUCAUCUGGCGUAGCACUGACUCUGGAGCAACCUGGUCCCCUAUUUGGGAGUGGAACGGUUAUCCGAGCAUCAAUUACUACUAUAGCUAUGAUAUCAGCAACGCCCCCUGGAUCCAGGACACGACUUCGACCGACCAGUUCCCUGUUCGUGUCGGGUGGAUGGUUGAAGCCCUUGCUAUUGAUCCGUUUGACUCCAACCACUGGCUCUAUGGUACGGGUCUGACAGUAUAUGGCGGACACGACCUGACGAAUUGGGACUCGAAGCACAAUGUGACCGUCAAGUCCCUGGCGGUCGGUAUUGAGGAGAUGGCAGUGCUUGGACUGAUCACGCCGCCCGGAGGACCGGCGCUGCUGUCCGCUGUUGGCGACGACGGUGGGUUCUACCACGCGGAUCUGGACGCAGCGCCAAACCAAGCGUUCCACACGCCGACCUACGGCACGACCAACGGAAUCGACUACGCCGGCAACAAGCCCUCCAACAUCGUCCGGUCCGGAGCUAGCGACGACUACCCGACUCUCGCCCUGUCGUCGAACUUUGGCUCGACUUGGUAUGCAGACUACGCCGCCUCUACCAGCACCGGCACCGGAGCGGUGGCUCUGUCCGCCGAUGGAGACACGGUGCUUCUCAUGUCCAGCACCUCGGGCGCGUUGGUGUCGAAGUCGCAGGGCACCUUGACCGCGGUCUCCUCUCUCCCGUCCGGGGCGGUCAUUGCCUCCGACAAGUCCAACAACACGGUCUUCUAUGGUGGAUCCGCGGGCGCGAUCUACGUGUCAAAGAACACGGCGACCUCCUUCACCAAGACCGUGACCCUGGGGUCCAGCACAACCGUCAACGCCAUCCGUGCGCACCCCUCCAUCGCCGGAGAUGUCUGGGCGUCGACCGACAAGGGCUUCUGGCAUUCCACGGAUUACGGUAGCACAUUCACGCAGAUUGGCAGCGGCGUCACGGCGGGCUGGAGCUUUGGGUUUGGCAAGGCGUCCUCCACGAGCAGCUACGUCGUGAUCUAUGGGUUCUUCACCAUCGACGGUGCCGCGGGGCUGUUCAAGAGCGAGGACGCGGGCACCAACUGGCAGCUGAUCUCGGAUGCUUCGCACGGGUUCGGCUCUGCGUCCGCCAACGUGGUGAACGGCGAUCUGCAGACCUACGGCCGCGUGUUCGUGGGCACCAACGGCCGCGGCAUUUUCUACGGCAAUCCCAGCGGGAGCCUGCCGGCCGCCACGGCGACGGCGACGGCGACAGCGACAACCUCCAAGACCUCGACGACGGUGUCGACGACCUCAACCACCACAACGACAACCAAGACUACCAGCACCACAACAACCACGUCGAGCGGCAGCACCGCGACGGCCUCCGCGUACGCGCAGUGCGGCGGCAGCGGCUGGACGGGAGCGACCGUCUGCGUGAGCGGGUACAAGUGCACCUACUCGAAUGACUUUUAUUCUCAAUGUAAGUCUGUUGUGUCAAGCUAG